AGCACAGCUAAGAUUCUCAUUUGAAUUCAAAUUGUUGUAUAUAUCUCCUAAACCUCUCUUCCUCAUCUACAAAACUCCUAUUACCAAUGUACUUCUUCAGAUAUAAAUGUACCCAUUUACAUGACUGAAUAAUACAAGUUGGAACACCAAACUAUAAGUUGUGGCUAAGGCAAGACAAUCUUGUUCGCAGUGCAAUCAUGGCCUCUGUCGAUCCAUCCAUUGCGACGUUGAUUGCUCAAGCAGCUACUGCGAAAAACGCAUGGGACAUUUUGCAAACGACCUAUGUGAACAAAUCUUAAGCAACAAUUUUUGGUCUUCGUGAGUUACUCUCAAACAUCAGGAGAGACUCCAAGCUAGCCAGCGACUACAUGAAAGAAAUUAAAUCCAUUUGUGGAUGAUUUGGCUGCCUAUGGCUCACCUCUAACAAAUGAGGAACUAGUCACCAAAGUUUUGAGCGGACUAGGAGCAGAAUACAAAGAGAUCUUCGCGGAUAUACGCGCUCGUGAUAAUCCCAUAUCUUUCGAAGAACUAUUUGACAAACUUCUUGCUUAUGAAGUUUUCGUCCAGCAUUCAGAAUCAAAGAAUGAGCAGCCUAUUAUCACUGCAAAUUUAGCCAGCAGUGCACCUCGUUCAACCAAUCUAAAGGAAGAAACCACACUGGUUCUCAGCGAAGGGGAGGGCAUUCCAAUUUUAUGCCUAACAACCGUAAUUUUUCUGGACAAAUGACCAACUCAAAGGCAUUCAAUAACAGGUCUAAUCAACAAAGAGUGCAGUGCCAACUUUGCGACAAGUUUGGUCAUAUAGCUAAGGUGUGCCGCUCUUAAUCUCACGAAGCACUUGAAGCUUAGGCAAAUUUUACUAAUCAUGCAAACUACGUUAUCAAUCGCUCAAGUUCAUGGAUUGUUGACUCGGGGUCUUCUCACCAUAUCACAGAUAAUCCAAACUCCCUUCAGUAUGCUACUCACUUUUCAGGCAAUGAAGAAAUCAUCAUCGGUGACGGAUUUGAAUACGGGGGCACGCCUCCUGCAAGGACGGUGCAAAGGGGACCUCUAUGAAUGGCCAGCUGACAAGUCACAACAUCGUCCAUCUUCUCCUCUUGCUCACUUCACAACUACAUCCACACCAACAUUGCACCUAUGGCAUGCCAGACUUGGUCACCCUCAACCUAGAAUAACGAAAUCAUUUGUUUCUUCCUUUAAGAUUCACGUUGCUAGUAGUAGAGACGAUUCCUUUACAUUCUGUCAUUCAUGCUUAUGCAAUAAAAGUCAUCGCCUUCCUUUUGGUGACAAUUCCAUUUGUAGUUCUAGACCUUUUGAAUUUUUGUACUCUGAUGUUUGGGGUCCUUCUCCUAUUCACUCAUUUGAUAAUUUUUGAUUUUAUGUGAUUUUUUUGUGGA